AUUGGCCAAUCAAUAGCUGCUUUUCUGAUUACUGCAGAUCUAUUUCUAAUUGCGCAGUUCCUGUCACUCCGUGUAUCAGUGUUGUUACUGAUCACACGAUGGAUGAGUUAUUAUUUAGGCGAGUUAACAAAAUGCCUACAAAAGAAACAGAAAACUAUUCAGCAGAAGCUGGCUCAGCUGUCCCAGCAUUUCUCUCGAAGUUGUGGACCUUGGUAGAAGAUCCGUCGACGGACGAAUUAAUCUACUGGGAUGCGAGUGGAAGGAGUUUCCAUGUGUAUGACCAGGGGAGGUUUGCCAAAGAGGUCCUACCUCUUUACUUCAAGCACAACAACAUUGCAAGUUUUAUCAGACAGUUGAACAUGUAUGGAUUCCGUAAGGUGACCAAUGUUGACCAGGGAAGCCUUAAAGUGGACAAAGAUGACAUGGAGUUUGCACACCCAUAUUUCUUGAAGGACCACGAGUACCUCUUGGACCUCAUCAAGAGAAAGGUUGGAGGUAGCACGCGAGAUGACGUGAAGGUCCGACAUGAGGACGUGUCCAAGGUUUUGAGUGACGUGAAGUCAAUUCGUGGGAAGCAAGAAAACAUGAAUUCAAAAUUGGAUGGGAUGAAGAGAGAAAACGAGGCAUUAUGGAGAGAAGUGGCGUCACUUCGACAAAAACACAUGAAGCAACAACAGAUAGUUAACAAGUUAAUUCAGUUUCUGAUGCAUCUUGUGGGAAGUCGUAAGGUUCUUGGGAAGCGGAAACUACCUCUAAUGUUGAAUGACUCCAGUCAGCUAGAGCCGAGCUGUAAAAUCAGCCGACUGUCUGCUGAGGAAUCUCACACAGCAACGCCUCAGGACCCUUGUCAAGUGGACAACAAACCCCUGAUUCAUGAAGUGACCGACUUGAGUAACUUGGCUGGUAUUGCAGAACAGACAGAGUCCAUUGUCCAGUCUCCAAAGCCUACAGAUAAUAGCAAGAACUACAAUCUAAUUCGCUGA